GAAUUGUGGCUCCCGUUGGCCGCGCUAGUUGCGUCGCGGAGGUCGGCCAUGAGCGAAUAUGGAUCGAGCAAUUUUUCUGUGCGCAUGGAAGGCGUGCAGCGGCUUCCUGUGCGCCCUGAUUUGUCCUUUGCCUGUCCCCCUUUACAUCUGUUCCUCAUAGGUUGCAAUUAAAUGGGGGGCUAUCUUGUACCUUUGUUUGGUUGGAUGGAUUCACGGUCGUGUGCAGCAUGUGGAGCUCAAAUUACUGGCCAUCGCGCUGCUGGCAACUGGAAAACUAAAUCCCUUCACCCUCGGGGAUGUCGUUGUUGCGAAGGUGUAGGUGCUUGCGCUGGGAGACCAAUUGACGGGCGUGGUGGAGUGGAGGAGAAAUGGUAGCGGAGAAUUUGUGUCAAGAGGGAAUACAGAAUAUGGUAGAAGUUGGUGCAGGGGAGCUUGGAAGUGGUUGAUGCGGGAGUGCAGCCGGAGGUUGUGGAGAGAGUUGUCGUCGGAGAGAGUUAUUGAAGUAAGGAUUUGGGAGGAGUUCUGGUUGAGUGGGUUGAGUGGGUGUGAGGAGAGAUGGCGGUUGAUACGAUGAUGAGUGUGGAGGUACCCGUGAUUGGAAGACGGUCCAUGAGCAUUGAAAUGCCAACCAAUGCCGGUAGACGGUCCAUGAGUGUCGAGCAGCCCUACAACCCUGCGAGACGGUCGAUCAGCACUGAAAUGCUGAAUUCGAAGAGACCGGGGAGGUCUAGUCUAACUUUGAAGCGAAGUACGAACGAGUGGCGCGUGUCUUCAGAUGCUCCUACUGACAUUGUUGUUGAUGUUGGUGGUCAGAGCUUCGCUGUGCACAAGUGUGCUCUGGUCGCACGAAGCGGGAAAAUUAGGAGGUUGGUAGCUUGUGAAAGAGCCAAUGAAGAUGGAAUUAUUCACCUGCAAUUAGCCGAUCUGCCAGGCGGAUCCGAAGCUUUCGACUUGGCAGCCAAAUUUUGUUAUGGUAUCAAUUACGAUAUCACCACAUACAAUGUGGCCCUACUCCGCUGCGCAGCUGACUAUCUGGAGAUGAACGAACAAUGGGGUGACAAUAACUUGGUGGACCGCACCGAAAAAUUCCUCAAUGAAUAUGUCCUACAGAACCUUGCAGAAUCUAUCGCUGUGCUUCACAACUGCGAGAGUUUACUUCCGCUUGCUGAGGAUCUUAAACUAGUCAACAGAUGUGUACAGGCAGCAGCGGUCAAAGCAGUCAGGGAACAGAUCGGAGGGGGGUUAAAUCGUUCAGAAUUCGAUGGUUCCUUGCGUUUGGACAACGCGAAGCCUGCAUUCAAUGAUAGCCCAGCUGCGCCCGUCGUGGAAUGGUGGGCUGAAGACCUCGCCGUUCUCCGCUUCGACUUCUUCCAAAGAGUGCUCACUGCGAUGAGAACUAAAGGUUUGCGUUGUGAGAGCCUUGGUGGAGCUGUAAUGCAUUAUGCACAUCGUGCUCUGAAAGGAAUACACAAGAGACAGACAAUGAAAUCGCCCAAACCUCAGAUUCAUUCUCCCGCCUUGACUCUGGAGCAUGAACAACGAAUUUUAGUGGAGGCGAUUGUCAGCAUCUUGCCACCAGAGAAGACCGCAAUAUCUUGCAGCUUCUUGUUUGGACUGCUUCGUGCAGCUGUCGUUCUGGAGACCACCUUAGCUUGUCGCCUCGACCUUGAGAGACGCAUUGGUUUACAACUGGAGCAAGCUACUCUGGAUGAUUUGUUAAUUCCUUCUGCUAACCACAACGUAGACACACUCUUCGAUGUGGAUGCAGUGCAACGAAUUUUGAACUGCUUCAUGCAGCAAGACGGCGCCGAAGACGUUGACGACACGCAUCCUAUGUACGAUGUCGAAGGCGCAGGUUCUCCUACGCAUAGCGCACUUGUGAAAGUUGCGAAACUAUUGGACACUUACCUGGCUGAGAUUGCACCAGAUGCGAAUCUAACGAUGAACAAGUUCAUUACACUUGCUGAAGUGUUGCCGGAGCAUGCGAGAACUGUUGACGACGGGUUAUACAGGGCGGUUGAUGUAUUCCUCAAGGCACAUCCAGCAAUAUCCGACGCGGAGCGCAAGACCUUGUGCAAGCUCAUAGACUGUAAAAAACUUUCCCAGGAUGCUUGCACGCAUGCUGCCCAGAACGAGAGGCUUCCAGUCCAAGUUGUUGUCCAGGUUCUUUACUUCGAACAACUGCGCCUGCGAAAUGCCAUGUCCUCAAUUAAUAGCAGGGAUCCGGCUUUACGCCACCAACUCUCUCAAAGGAUGACAGUUGGAAAUCUCACCGGUUCACAAUCACCUAACGAAAACUAUGAGUCGGUGCGGAGGGAGAAUCGAGACUUGAAGCUUGAAAUCGGGCGGAUGCGCAUGCGCCUCACCGAACUAGAAAGAGAUCAAACCAACAUGAAAAUGGAUAUAGUCAAGAGCGGUGGAGGGACUAAAUUCAUCGACUCCGUAUCCAAGAGGAUCAGUAAACUGAACCCCUUCCUCCGUCGCGAGUCAAAGGACUUCAAGAACAACGGCUAUCUCGCCGCGAACGGUAACAACAUCCCUCUCACCCCAGAUAACCGCUCCGUGAAACCUCGAAGGCGUCGGCAUUCCGUCUCAUAGCCAUUCCAUAGCACCGUCCAAGACAGCGUGGAACCUCUUUGUAAAAAUGUCAUUUUUGAGCUCUAGCACAGGGAAAGCCAAGUCCCGUUUUCGUUUCCUGUCGAGCCUGAAGAAUCCUCCUCCAGUGUUGAAGCCCUUCGAGGAAGUCCAGAGAUACGGCAACAGGCUAUUCGAGGUUCGAAACUACGAAGAGAAAAAACGCAAGCUCGCAGGUGAUACCGUCGAUUGGUACAACAACACUUCACGCACAACAGCCAACCCUAUAAACCCCUGUACCAUUAGGCACCAUUCACCCUAAACUGUACAAUCGACGUGAGUUUAUCCUUCUGCUUGUUCUUUAUGCACAUCUUCAUGCAGCUAGCCCGCUUCGUCCAACACACUGUAAGGCGUUAGCUUGGAGCAGUUUAUUAUCCUACUGUUGUGCAACCUAUAAUUGAUCACAACAGUAAUGUUAAGUUAAUUUAUCCGAUAUUUCAGUAGCACGCAUGGGUUUUAUAUUUCAUUCUCCUAUUACACCACAAAAGGUUGUCCAAAGGUUUUCAACUUCCGAGUAAAAUCGUUGGAAUGGAUCACCAUUUCUGCUUACUUUAA